UUGCUAUGGCGUUGUAUUUAGUCAGGUUAUAUCGAACAGAUGAUUGAUUGUUUUUACCAGAAAUUUAUAAGGUGUCAUCAUAAUUACGAUGCCUGCGACAACUGUGCAUAAAUUUAUAACAUUCCUAGGUUUAGUGUCAACAUUACAUGCUGCUUAUUCAGCUGCACAACAUCGUUCUUACUUACGAAUAACGGAACAAGAGUUCACCACUUUACCAAUCGACAUAUUAAUACAAGGCAUUGUCAGCUUAUUUAUGGUUAUGUACGGUGUCAUGUAUAUUGCCGGCGACUUCAAAGAGAUUCGAGCGGUGGUUGACCUAGAAAAUAAGUCUUGGGAAACUCUACGAAAUCUCCCAUCAUUCCAGGUGUUCAAUCAUCGCGGAAGAUACUUAUCCUCACAAUAUGCACAAUAAAGAUCAUAAUUGGGUUAAAUUAAUUUAUACAGAAAAAUGCAUAAUUAUUGUAAUUUACCAAGAAACCUCUUAAGAAUCCCAAAAUCGUGUAUUUUCAACAUAAUUGUGUUUAGUAAACAUAAUUCAUUAUUAUUUAUAGUCACAAAUAUAUAAACAUGAAAAAAUUGCAAUGCUAUGUAGACAUAGCUUUAAUUUUAAAUCAUGUAUUUAAAAAUAUACGUAAAUGUACACAUAUUUUUAUGAACACGAC